CAACAUCUCAUUGGACACCUCGCCGUUUAUGGGAGUGGCCACACCUGCUAAGGUUCCAGGCCAGUUUCUGUCUCUGUUCUACUUAGACCGCCUGGGUCUUUACCCUCAUGUAGACCUCGCUCGCGGGAAACAGUUCUAUGGUGGCGUCCCUCAGAAAGGCAACCUGAAGGCCAGCGUGAACAAGGCCAGAGCAGAUAUCAACUACUACAUCCCGUCAAAGACAACUCCAGGCCUCGCCGUGAUAGACUGGGAGGAAUGGCGCCCUCUGUGGGACAGAAACUGGGGCAGCAAGAGAAUCUACCAGACUUUAUCUGUGGCCCGUGUAUUGAAGUCCAACGGCUCCCUCACUCUGCAGCAGGCCACAGAACAAGCCAAGCAGCAGUUCCAGAUGGCAGCCAGAGGGUUGAUGUCAGGGAUGUUGGCAGUGGGCAGAGAUAUGAGACCUAACUAUCUCUGGGGCUUCUACCUGUUCCCCAGCUGCUACAACUACGGCUGGAUGGAGCCGCACUACACAGGCCGCUGCUCCAAGGAGGUGAGGAGGCAGAAUGAUGAGCUACUGUGGCUGUGGGAGUCCAGCACUGCCCUCUACCCCUCUGUAUAUCUGCAGGUCUCUUUGGCAGACAAUCCGCGAGCUGCUCUGAUGGUGAGAAAUCGUGUCCGGGAAGCUCUGAGAGUCUCCACCCUGCCAAGACGAGGUGGCUCGGCGCCUGUGUUUGUUUACACACGACCUGUCUUUGUUGAUCAAAACAGACGCUUCCUCAGCCAGGGGGACUUGGUGCACACCGUUGGGGAGAGUGCUGCUGUGGGAGCGGCUGGUGCUGUGCUGUGGGGGGCCAGCGCCGACUACGAUGACCAGGCCUCUUGCAAGGCUCUCUCGUCCUACCUCUCCUCCACCCUCAACCCUUACAUCGCCAACGUCUCCAUGGCCGCCCAGCUCUGCAGCAACUUCCUGUGUCGGGGGAACGGCCGCUGCAUCCGCAAAAACUACAACUCCAUUCACUACCUUCACCUUAACCCUGACAGUUUCAGGCUCAUGCGGGUUCAGGGACGCUACCUCGUGCUCGGGAGACCGACCUUUACGGACCUGAAAACACUGAGGAGGCGCUUUACCUGCCAGUGCUACAAGGGGACGGACUGCACGCCCAGGACGCCCAGAGAGCUCUUCAAGGCCUUGACGUACAGUGUGAAGAAAGGGUUCCACCAAAAAGUCAGCUCGCUGAAUAAGAGUAUGAGCGAGGAUGACGUGGAGACGAAGGUUUAGCGAGAGACACAACACUGGUCUCUGAACUCGUGGUGGAUUUGCAUCUUUCCCACUUGGUUGAUUUGCAUUUUCCACUGACACAAAAUAACAAUCCAACCCGAGUGAAGACCAGGCUACUAGAUGAUGUGUUCAUCGAUUACAUCGCAACUACACAUGUCAGGGAACCGUCGUUAUAUUUAUACAAAGACUUCACACUGUGACCUGUUGCAUACUUUUGCCUGAAAACUGAAGUAAACCCCUCAUCUCCAAUGAACGUUGGGGAAACAACCAAUA